CCUCAGUUGCCCUAUAUAAGGCGAGGGCUCUGGACUGCAUGGCAUCAGUUCCCAGACCGACAAUCCACCCACACCAUGAGAUUCGUGAUCAUCGCUGCCCUGGCCUCCGUGGCCCUUGCUGCUCCUCAGUACAGCUACGAUGCCCCUGCUGGCCGCUCCAGCGCCGAUUCCUCCGAGGAAGUAGCUAUCUUGAGGGACGAGAGAGUCCAUGAAGACGACGGCAAAUACAACUUCGACUUCGAAUCCGAAAAUGGCAUCAGGUUCUCCGAGGCUGGAUCUCCCGACGGUGAUGAGGACGCCAUCGUCAGUGCUGGACAAUACUCCUACACUGCUCCUGACGGUACCGAAGUCGUUGUGAAAUACGUCGCCGACGAGAACGGCUUCCAGCCCCAGUCCGACCUGCUUCCAGUAGCCCCCGAAUUCCCCCACCCAAUUCCCCAGUUCGUGCUGGACCAGAUCGCCUUCGCUGCUGAGGAAGACGCCCGCCGUGCCCGUGGUGACUCUCGCGAGGCUCCUUCCAGGUCCUACGGCGCCCCUCAGUAAAACUACAUAUCCUGCGAUGAAGAAUUGCUGAUGUAUUUAUUCUAAUUAUUCACGAAAUAGAAUUACAUAUCGAUAA